UUUAUGACUACGAGGCACGGACGGAAGAUGACCUCAGCUUCAGGAAAGGAGAAAGGUUCCAGAUUAUCAACAGCACACCUUGGUUGCUGAAGGCCUCAGACGGAGGAGGAAAAGACUAUCAUCAGAGCUCAGACUGUCUCCUUCAUUUGUUCUCCUUUCCCUUUGUUUUCCUCGUCAGCAGAGCCCACACAGAACUCACAUUCAACCUUUCUCUCCUCUCUCUAUGCUCUACUGUAGUCAGCCACACUGGCCCCUGUUGGACAAACACAGAACAGUUUCAUGAAUCCGCUCACAUGGUGAAGUGGAUGAAUGUUGGAGUGAUUCAUAUUCGUCACAGAUGUCCUGUGUUUGAUUAUUCUGUCAUCACGAGACACCACAGGAAGAAUCGACUCAAAGAGAUCGGUGACUUUCAAGGGUUUGAGACUACAGUAUCCCUGCCGCCUCUGUUUGUGUGUACGCAGACACUCUGGCACUUUACACCACACAAACACAUCCUGAGCCUUCCUUCAUGAACACAAAGAAAGCAGGCUUGCUUUCAAGCCAGUGGACAAUCCGGAUCCGUGUCUCGGGGGCAGCAGUCUCAUGAGCCCAGACUUCCCGGUCUCCAGCCAUCUCUUCCAGUUCCAACGGUUUGGGACACAGAGCGUUCCCAGGUCAGCAGUGAAACAUAAUCAGUCCAGCGUGUCCUAGGUCUGCCCUGAGGCCGCCACCUGGUCGGGCAUACCCAGAACACCUCACCAGGGAGGCAGCGAGGAGGCAUCCAGACUCGAUCCCGAGCCACCUCAACUGGCUCUUCUACUCUGAUCUCCUCCCAGAUGCCCGAGUCCCACCCCCAACGAUCUUGAUCUUUCAGUCACUACCCAAAGCUUGUGACCAUAGGUGAAGGUAGCAACGUGCUACAGAUCGACUGGUAAAUCGAGAGCCUGGACUGCCGACUCAGCUGUCUCUUCACCACGACGGUCUGGUACAGCCACCGCAUUACUGCAGACGCUGCGCCGAUCCGCCUGCGGAUGUCACGCUCACUGGAGAACAAAACCCUUUUUUUUUAAUUGCAUAAGCUUCCUGAUAAAGGCAUAGGGCUAAUUUGUGUGCUUCAUGGAUACAUAACCGGGACUUGCUGAUCAAAUACUUAUUUCAAAAGAAUUUAUAACCUUUUAUUAAAAAAAAUUUCUGGAUUUCUUUCUUAAUACUCCGUCUCUCUCUGUUGAAUUAAAGUGACCGUAAAGAUUGCCUCUUUGUAAGGGGAUAAACUCACCAAAUCAGCAGGAGAUCAAAUGCGUAUUUCCCUGUCAGUGUGUCAGAACGCGUGAUGGAAGAACGAUGAGCGAUAAAUAAACAAGUUGUCCUAACUACAUAGAAAAGGUGGAGGCUGGAGAGUGUGAGAGUGCGGGUGUAAUUAUUACGCUGUCUAGCCAAGAUAAAAUAUUAAAAUUACUUUAUUUUGAUGAAGGGAUGGCCAAUUUAAAAUGAACUAAGAAUCAAGUUAAUCAAGUUCCAAACGUAAUUAAGAUGUUUUUAUUCACUUUUUUGUCUCUCCUGCGAGGUUCUGCUUUCUAAAAAAAAAUAAUACUGUUCAAAGUAAAGUAUUUUUGAGUUCCUGCUAAACUCACUUUGUGGAAAAAAUACAGGGAUAUAUAUCAUAUAUCGAUAUUCAAGAUAAAUAUAUCGGUAUAUGAGUUUUGGUCGACCCACCCUAAUAGGGGCCCUGUAGAGCGCUAUAUAUUUUGUAUUUAAUGACUCUUUAUGCAAAGUUCGUCAGUUGUUUACUCCUGUAUGCGAACAUGUUAAACACGGGGAGUGACCAGACUAUCAGGAGUUGCUGACGCCCAAAGCAACUCCAUGUAGACAUGCCGAAUUGCGUAUAAACGUGGUGUUCUUGAAUGCAACUUUGUUAAGCAUGUUCGAGAUAAAGUAAGGCAUUAACUUAAUUAACAUUCACUUCUCAAUUAUCUUUGCCCUUCAAUCAUUUUUUUUUUUUUUUUUAUGGUUUGUGAUCAUCACCAUGCACAUCGUACACAUCCAGAUCCUGGUAAACAGUUACCAUUUUCUCGACCAAUAUGAAGCUGUUUUUAAUCUGAAGCGGGCCACCUCUGCAUCUGGUCUUCAUGUUAAGCUCAGCUAACCAUAGUCAGACUGUAAUUUGGCUUGAGACAAAAAUGGACCCGGGGCAAAGAGACACACAGGGCUGCGGUAAACAAAAACGUACAACAGACUCCAAUUACUAUGCAAAAAUCCUGAAACCAACACAACAAGGAAGAAUGCGAAAGUACUGUGGUAUGCACGGGAGGGGGUAAAAAAAAGACAAUGUGUGGGACUCCGAGACCAAAGACACCCCAAAGUAUAAAUCAGGGGAAGUAUGCCAGUUCAUGAAGAGUGAAGUGUAUCGCAAGCUUUUCUUGAUCUUAUUUUGGACCUCUGUCUUUUCCAGUGAAGGGGACUGGUGGGACGCACGCUCGCUCACCACCGGUGGGAGUGGUUAUAUUCCCAGUAAUUACGUGGCUCCGGUGGAUUCCAUCCAGGCUGAGGACUGGUACUUUGGUAAACUGGGCCGAAAGGAGGCCGAGAGACAGUUAUUGUCCACCGGGAACCCACGGGGUACUUACCUCAUUCGGGAGAGUGAAACUACAAAGGGUGCCUUCUCCUUGUCCAUACGGGACUGGGAUGAUGUGAAAGGCGACCACGUCAAACAUUACAAGAUCCGCAAACUGGACAGCGGCGGCUACUACAUCACCACCAGGGCUCAGUUUGACUCGCUACAGCAGCUGGUUCAGCACUAUUCAGACCGAGCCGCCGGGCUCUGCUGCCGUUUGGUGGUUCCCUGCCACAAGGGGAUGCCCCGCCUCGCUGACCUGUCAGUCAAAACCAAAGACGUGUGGGAGAUCCCGCGGGAGUCACUGCAGCUGAUAAAGCGUCUUGGGAAUGGGCAGUUUGGGGAAGUGUGGAUGGGCACGUGGAACGGCACCACCAAGGUGGCAGUGAAGACUCUGAAGCCCGGCACCAUGUCCCCUGAGUCCUUCCUGGAGGAGGCUCAGAUCAUGAAGAAACUCCGCCAUGACAAGCUGGUGCAGCUUUACGCUGUUGUGUCCGAAGAGCCCAUUUACAUCGUCACAGAGUACAUGGGCAAAGGAAGCUUACUGGACUUCUUGAAGGACGGAGAAGGACGAGGGUUGAAACUGCCCAACCUCGUAGACAUGGCAGCUCAGGUGGCGGCAGGUAUGGCUUACAUCGAGAGGAUGAACUACAUCCACAGAGACCUGCGCUCCGCCAACAUCCUGGUCGGAGAUAACCUGGUGUGUAAGAUCGCUGACUUCGGCUUGGCCCGACUCAUCGAAGACAACGAGUACACGGCUCGACAAGGUGCAAAGUUUCCCAUCAAGUGGACCGCCCCGGAGGCUGCGCUGUACGGGAAGUUCACCAUCAAGUCGGACGUUUGGUCCUUCGGCAUCUUGCUGACAGAGCUGGUCACCAAGGGUCGAGUGCCUUACCCAGGCAUGAACAACCGCGAGGUUCUGGAGCAGGUGGAUCGAGGCUACAGGAUGCCGUGCCCCCAGGACUGUCCCAUUUCCCUGCAUGAGCUGAUGCUUCAGUGCUGGAAGAAAGACGCGGAGGAGCGACCCACCUUCGAGUACCUGCAGGCCUUCUUGGAGGACUACUUCACAGCCACUGAGCCUCAGUACCAGCCUGGAGACAACCUCUGAACCUUCCCCUCUGCUUCUCAUGGCCAACUCUGGUCUGGAGCUUGGACACCAAACUCUAUACUUCCUGGACUCGCCUCUGUUUUGGUUUUUUUUGGGGCAUCUGUAAAGCUUCCUCAGCUCAACCCGACCAUAUCAGUUCCUAUAAGCACUGGUGCGGGGGGGGUCCAGACUUCACUGAAAAACAGAAACAUUGAAGGCUCAAAAAUCAAUUCCAUUUUUAAUUUUGCCUGUAGAAUAUGUCGUGAGCCAAUGAAAAAACACACUGUGGGCCGAAUAUAACUCCCGAGCCGGACUUUGGACGUCCCUACCCUAUGCCGUGGUAAGAGAGGUAUAUUUGGAGGCGGGGUUGUGUUGUUAUAAUGCAAUGCCAUACCUCUCGUCAGUGUGGUUUUUUUUUAAAGCUUGUUUUAGUUUGUAUGUCUGCUUCAGUUCAAGAUGACGAGAAGGAGAAAAGAAGCAUUUGGGCAGUAGGUGUGUUAUUCCUACAGACUCCCACCAUCCUCCAUCAGAUCCUACCUGCCUACGUCGUCUCCACCCCUCUGUUUUCUUUCCCUUUCCUCAGCGCUCUGGUCGUCUUGGCGCCUUGCUGUCUGUAUGAAAUAAGACCAUACAUCAAGUUUUGUAAAUGAAAGAUGAGCGUGUACAGAUUGCAAACUUGUAAGAUUUGGAGAAAUUGUUUUGCCUGGGGAAUGAAAGGAGUCACCGUACCUGAUGUCGUCCUACGCUGGCCUCCACUCAAAUAGACGCCUUAUUUUUCCAUGCAUCAAAUAGAAGUGGCCAGUGUGAGGCGGUUACGCUUUUCAUUCCCCCGGAAGUAAGGUUGACGUCAGCGGACAAUCGGUCGACGUCGGCGUGUGGCUUCACCGCAACAAAAGCAUUUCUACAAAUAAAAGCCUCCUCUCGAAUAGAUGCCUCCUUCAAAUAAAUGUGUGGUACUUUGGUAGUUUUACAUAUCAUGCACAUGUCAUCAUUCCAGGGCUUCCAGUAGGGGUGGCCGAUACUGCAAAUAGUAUUGAUCUGAUACCAAGCGUAUAGAGGGCCAGUGUUGCUGAGAGCGCUACUUUUUACUUGUAGUUUUUCAAAAUAAUUGAAUGAUUUUGUGAUUUUUUUUUUUCGCAUCAUCUGGGAAAAUAUGCCAAAUUCUUAUGUCCCACAAGAAUUUCCACCAGGAAAACGGGAGGAUAGACAGUUUUGUCAAGAAACCUACAAACCUACAACA